GUUCUAAGCAUCCAAGUGAAAUGCUUCCAUGAAAUCAUCACCAUAGGUUACAGAGUCUAUCAUUCUUAUGACUUACCUUGGUUUAGAACACUGAGUUGGUACUUUCUGUUGUGUGUGAACUACUUUUUCUAUGGAGAGACUGUGGCUGAUUAUUUUGCUACAUUUGUUCAAAGAGAAGAGCAACUUCAGUUCCUCAUUCGCUACCACAGAUUUAUAUCAUUUGCCUUGUAUCUGGCAGGUUUCUGCAUGUUUGUGCUGAGCUUGGUGAAGAAACAUUACCGUCUGCAGUUUUAUAUGUUCGCAUGGACUCAUGUCACCUUACUGAUAACAGUUACUCAGUCACAUCUUGUCAUCCAAAAUCUGUUUGAAGGCAUGAUAUGGUUCCUUGUUCCAAUUUCAAGUGUUAUUUGCAAUGACAUAGCUGCUUACAUUUUUGGGUUUUUUUUUGGAAGAACUCCUUUAAUUAAGUUGUCUCCUAAGAAGACCUGGGAAGGAUUCAUUGGUGGUUUCUUUUCCACAGUUAUCUUUGGAUUCAUUGCUGCUUACCUGUUAUCCAAAUACCAGUACUUUGUCUGCCCAGUGGAAUACCGAAGUGAUGUAAACUCCUUCGUUACAGAGUGUGAACCCUCAGAACUUUUUCAGCUUCAGAGUUACUCACUUCCUCCCUUUCUGAAGGCAGUGUUGAGACAGGAAUCAGUGAGCAUGUACCCUUUCCAGAUACACAGCAUUGCUCUUUCCACGUUUGCAUCUUUGAUUGGUCCAUUCGGAGGCUUCUUUGCCAGCGGAUUCAAAAGAGCUUUCAAAAUCAAGGAUUUUGCAAACACCAUUCCUGGACAUGGCGGGAUAAUGGACAGAUUUGAUUGUCAGUAUUUGAUGGCAACUUUCGUGCAUGUGUACAUCACAAGUUUCAUAAGGGGUCCAAAUCCCAGCAAAGUGCUGCAGCAGCUGUUGGUGCUUCAACCAGAACAGCAGUUAAAUAUCUAUAAAACGUUGAAGACUCAUCUCAUUGAGAAGGGAAUACUACAGCCCACCUUGAAGGUAUAA